UCAAAUAGAUUUAAAAUAAAAUUAAUCAGAAGUAGACAAAACAGAUAAAAGACAAUGACAAAUAAGAUAGAUAAGAGAGAAUACAACAUGUUGUACUUCCAGCCCUGAAUCAGAGGAAAAUAUUACAGUUUUUACUCCACUACAUUUAUCUGACAGCUAUAGUUACUGGUCACUUUACAGAUUGAGAUUUUACAUGGAAGACAUAUGAUUGUUUUAUAAAAUAUGAUGCAUUAUUAUAGGUUAAACUACCCAACAUCUAUCAACAUCUAUAAAGUAGUUAAAACUUGCUCCACCUCGACCAACUACAACAGCUUCAGCAGUAAUAAUCUAAUAAUAUAUAACACACUGGGGCCAGUUUUCUGUAUUUUGUACUUUUAGUACUUUAAGUACUAAACUAACUUUUGAGCUUAAUAAGGAUGCACUUUUACAUAAGUGACAUAAUCAAUGCUGGACUAACAGAGUUAGUUUUUUUUUACAGUUUGAUAAAGAAUAAGGAUACUACCUCUAUCAGUGUAUGUAGAACAUGUAUCCAUUCAUCAGACUAUGGCAGAUAGACAGGUAGGCAGGUAAAAUGACACAAAAUAGGCACUUACAGACACACACACACACACACACACACACACCCACCCACACACACACACACACACACACACAAACACACAGGAAAUUUGCAGAACGAGAAUUGACCAACUUCCUCUCAACCUUUCUCACCCACAUCCUGUCAUACUGACGGUGAAAUCAAGAAGUGAAAAUCUGUGAAUGUGCACAUAAAACUGGGUCAAACAGACAGACACACAGGCAAAUGAAAUAUACACACAGAGACAGACAGACAGGCCAGAAAAUGUAAAAAGUAGUAGCCUAUAGCAGAGAUAUGUGUACUUAUCUGCUGCAGCAGAAACACCCUAACACAACAAACAUGCCACAGUCAUAUCUCUGUUUGACACACACACACACAUACAAUUUGAGCUGAAUGCUGCUUUGGUGGAAAAAGCAACCCAGUCUAUACUUUGUCAGCUGUUAUCUCUAUCUGUGAGGGUGUGUGACAUGAGCUAUUGUACUGUACACUUAUAUACCCUGUACAUGUGUGUGUGUGUGUGUGUGUGCGUGUACGUGCGUGCAUGUGUGUGGUCCACCUGUGAAAGACAGGAAAGACAAACAUGACAUGUAUAAAUGUUUGUCUUUUCAUAAUUCCAUUUCAGGAUGCAUGACUGCCUUUGCAAGACAUGAGAGUCAUCACGUUAAAACAGCGCUGAGUGACAAGCUGCUGUGUCAUCAACACAAGACUUUAUUCGGACGAGUCACGUCUGUCAGACAGCUACAGGUGGAGGAACGCAGCCUGCUGCUCUGUUAUGUAGGAUGUCUCAAAGGAAGACGCUGCAAUUCUCCACGGGAGCUCUGCUUCUUCUCCUGCCCUGGUUUGGUGGACUGGUCAUCGGAGAGAUCAGCAAAGACUUCUCCCAGUGCCUUGAUUUCUUCUACAACAGAACUCCACCACAGGGUAUCACUGCAGAGGUGUAUCAGCCAAUAUGCCAGCGCUACAAAAACCAGUACCGCUUUGCCAGCCUGUAUCAGCGUCAGCAUCGUGCACCAUUAUACUCCGCGUACAUACUCAGUCCUGCAGAUGGCAAACGACCCAACGCUACUUGGAUGUAUGAACCACAGUUGGCAUUUUCCCGUGCCAGCCCGGAGAUGAAAUCUUUCUUCAUCCCCGCCGACCAGAAUGUGAUUGAGAGCCAGGCAGUGCGUCAGGACUAUAAGUACUCCAACUACACCAAAGGCCAUCUCAAUCCCAGCAUGCACCGGAAGACAAAAGAAGACCGUGAAGCCACCUUCACCCUCACAAACAUUGUUCCUCAGCGGGCAGGCUCCAACUCUGGCCCCUGGAACUCACUGGAAAAUGAUAUGUUAAGAAAAUUCAAGGCCUUCUGUAGAGGGCCUAUGUACGUGAUCACUGGGGUCCUGCCUUAUGAGUCUGGAGCUCACUGGAUCAAUAAGAGGGUGUCUGUUCCUGAGUACAUGUGGUCUGCUUACUGCUGCCCAUCUUACAAUGACAACCUUCCUGAGUCUAUGCAGCCAUUUUUCCCCACAUACGCAGCAGUGGGGAGAAAUGACCGCAACAGCGGAGAGGAGAUUGUGCCAGUUAAUCCCAGGGCGAAGGCCUUUGUGCGGGGCUAUGAUGUGAGGCGGAUGUCUUUAGAGACCCUGGAGAGUAUCCUCGCACAAAGGCUGGCCAUGUCCAUCAGUCUGUUUGAUGGACAGUGUCAGUAACAAAGAUCAAAGCUUUAGAUUCUUACUGAAAUCAUGUGUUAAUAUCCCUCCUGCCUGGCCAGACUCAAGAAGUCUGAGCCAGAGUCUUUGUCCCCUGUUCUUCAUAAACCCCCCUCUUUGUAAUACUGAAUGAUUGUUUGAUUAACCAGAAUAUGAUAGUGUCUCAUGAUGGUUUGAAAUAAAUUUUUCCGAUGAUUAUGGUUUUUUUAAAUAAAUGUUUUCCCCUCUUUUCAGUGUCAUCUUUAAACAUGUUCACUAAUGAUUUUCAAAUA